GGCGCCACUGGGGGUGUGUGUGGAUUUUUUUUGUUUGUUUUAAACACUCACCCAUCAUCUAUUUGGUUUGGUCCCAGGCGCGCACGUGGCUGCGGCGGUUUCUGCAAGGACCAUUAUAACGAAUGUUGUUUUAUCUUCGGUCUUAUAUAAGUUUUGAAAAUGUCGUAUAUGCUUCCCCAUUUACACAAUGGCUGGCAAGUAGACCAGGCCAUUCUUUCAGAAGAAGACCGUGUGGUGGUCAUUCGCUUUGGGCAUGACUGGGAUCCUACUUGUAUGAAAAUGGAUGAAGUUUUGUACAGCAUUGCUGAAAAGGUGAAAAAUUUUGCUGUUAUCUAUCUUGUGGAUAUCACAGAAGUGCCAGACUUCAACAAGAUGUAUGAACUGUAUGAUCCCUGUACUGUCAUGUUUUUCUUCAGGAACAAGCACAUAAUGAUUGAUUUAGGCACAGGCAACAACAACAAAAUUAACUGGGCGAUGGAAGACAAGCAAGAGAUGAUUGACAUCAUAGAAACAGUUUAUAGAGGUGCUCGUAAAGGUAGAGGUCUUGUUGUGUCACCCAAAGACUAUUCAACCAAAUAUAGAUAUUAAUGUUUUGGAUGCUGCAUUAUAGUGUGUCAUCAUCUGAAGUUUUAUAAAAUCAAUGUUUGUAUAUAAUGUAUUUGCUUGUUUCAUUGUGAAUUUAUUUGAAUUUACAUAAAUAUUUUCAUGCACAAAUGCUGUAUGCUGUCUUAUUUCAGAAAUAAGGUAAGAUGUUCACACUUUUACACAUAAGAAUUUUAUAUGUUUCCACCCAGAACAUUACAUGUAAUUCUGUUCAUUGUAAGUAAAGAUCAACUGUGGGGAGCUGAGACAUAAUGGUAACAUGACAGUAGAAAGUAUGUUUGAACAAAAUAUAAAAAUCAUCAUCAGUGUAUCUAGUACUUGAGAUCUUUCUACAAACCUGGGGGACAAGCAUCCAGGUUUUUGGAAAGAUCCUAAAAGUUAGGGGGAAUUGGGAGAAGGGAGGUUUGUGUCCUCUCACAUUGCUAGUCCACAACGAACCAACCCAGAGAGAAGAGAUAGGCAAUGAGCUACUCAAAACGGAACCAGGGACAGUGAGGUAAACAGGAAAGGAGGGUGAAAUAAUGGGAGUAUGUGACUGGAAUGCAGCACAAAGGGGUUAGCUGUGUUAAAAUGGAAGGACAUUUAAGGACCUAGGAGGGAAUGAAAGCAGAGCAGGGAGACUGGAAUCAUACUUUGCCUGUCUUGCUGAUUUGAGAUCUGGUAUAUAAACAUUGAUAGUGAUUGACAGAUGAUUGGAUAGAAGCCAGCUACGGAACUGAGGGCUCAGGAAACCACUCUUACUGAUCUCAGUUCCCCUUGGGGUGAAGGGGAAUACUCACUAUUGGCUGUAUCUUGGGGUUCCUUUUGGUAUUGGUCCAAACUUAAAUCCUGCCAGUUAUUGAUGGACUGUAGAUAGAUCCCAAUUGAUGUAGCAGAGGCAGAGUACUGCAAAUGGCUUACACUCAUAAUCAUUGGCUAUUGUGGUUGACCAGGAAUGUUAAAAUAUGCAUGAAAAGUAUACAUAGGAAGGUGAUAUUGACAUAGAUAUGUUGAACGGUAUCGGAGAUGAUAAAAUACACCUUUCUUGAGUUAAUUACAGAGUUCCUAGGACCUACCUCCUUUAUGGAGUUGUACUGCCUUUUGAGGAUGCACCCUACAAAACCAGGGUCAGGUAUUGCUGACAAAAGACAUGAGUGAAUGUGAAUGCUUCAAGGCUUUUGAUCCUGACUGUAUCAGUCCACAGAGGUGGAAGAGAUGUUUUUCCUGUCUUGAGUUUAUGGAGGUCAAAAGUUCUCAGAGGACUGUAUUUCCCCUACUGUUGAUAUCAACAAUCUGA